AUGAAAAUUCUGGCGGAGCUCUCGAAAUCACCGGAGCUUGUUUACAAUGAUGAAGCUGGAGUAAAUUGGAUUACCUGGGAUAGCGAUCAAUGGGUCUCAUUUGAUGAUGGAAGAACACUGAAACAAAAAGCUUCCUUUGCAAAUAACCUAUGCCUGGGAGGCACAUUUGCCUGGGCACUAGAUCUUGGAGGUCCUGGUACCAUGGUCCGCCCCGACGAACUCGAGGGCGACACAUUAAACCUCGAUGGUGCUGAUCUGGAAGGCGAUGAUAGUGGCUCUGGUGAUGUUUACAUCUCCCCUGAGAUAUAUAAGGUUGAUAAGCCUGGAAUUGCAUGUAUACCUCCAUGUACCUUCAUCAUGCCUCGGCUCACACUCGAUGAAGUCACUACCAUCACAUUCCCCCCUUAUACCACCUCCCUAGAAGUUCUAUGGUGGACGGCUCAAGCUAUAACCCUCCCUGGCGGUGCAAUUUCAAGCUCUAUUGGGUCUGUAAGGACAAUUCAACCAACCACCAUCACCAUCCCGCCACUUACAACAUCUGUCCUUGACAUGUGGCAUUGGCCAGUUACCCAAACAGAUAUAUCCUCAGCUACCUAUGUGGUAGUGAGCAGCAUUUUGCCGCCCCCAUUUAUGAUAACUAAUAGUGUGCCUUCAGGGGCUGUUCCUCCACCUCAAAAUAGGGGGAAUAGUCAAGUUGGGCAGCCGGGUAAUCCUCAUAGUAUAGGCGUGGGAGAUGGGCAACCAACUCAUAGGGACGACCAACUUACUCACGGAGGUGAUCAACCAACUCAAGGCGGUGGCCAGCCUACACACGGGGGCAGUCAACCUACUCAAGGUGGUAAUCAACUAACCCAAGGGAACGAUCGGCCUACCACUAAUGGUCAUUCCAAUGGUAAUGGCCAGCCUACACGAGGUGACAGCCGGCCUACACCAGGCCGUCGACCAGAUACUUCUACUACUGAAGUUUUUCUUUCUCGAGAAUCUAGUGAGGUUGCCGAUAACACUUUUAACAGAGAUAGUACCCAAUCUGGACCAAACCCUCCUGAUAAUCAGACUUCCUCUCCAGGGGAUAGACAAACCACCCCAUCAAAUACAGGUCAUGCUUCCAAUAGGCAAACCACUGUGUUCCCAUCCCGGACAUCGGACAAAGCUGAUAAUAAUAAUAAUAAUAAUCCAACCAAUGGUCACAAUUCACAGCCAACGUCAAACCGACAAUCAGACUCAAGUACGGACAUCGUUAUUAUUCCGCCUCUGGGAGGCAAGGCUUCCCAUAAAAGUGAUAAUUUCCCAACCCCACCUCCUGGAUCUCGAAUGUUCACACCAAAACCAUACCCACUUAGCUCAAUCCAUGACAACGGGAAGCUUCCAACUGUGUCAUUUACCAGCGGACCUCCUACCCCAACAUGCAUCAAAGACUGCGGAAAGAAAUGCAAAGGGGCAUUUUGUGAUUGUAAUGAGAAAGAUUGUAGCAACCAUGGAAAAGACUUUAUUGACCCGAAUGACCCUGAUCCGCCGAAGGAGAGAGACCGUCGGAAAUGCGUUGGUUCACAAUGCGAAGAUGGGAAUUGCAAGCUGGGUAACCUUUGCAGCAACUUUGAUUGCGUUGGGCCUGAUUGUCAUGAGGGAAUCUGCCUCGGUCCAAAUUGUGCUAGGCUCCCAUGUGUAGGAGAGAACUGUCUACCAGGGUGCAAGGGAACUGGAUGCAAACCACCCGGGUGCAUCGGCAAAUGCAGCGACGAUGGCGAGUGCAUUGAUUCGCACUGCAUGAGCUUUGGCUGUACCGGGGCAGACUGCCUACCACCUUGUGUUGGUUGUCCACCUGCCUGCCAAGGCCCUCGCUGUAAGUCCUUCAAGUGUCAGGGCAAGGGAUGCAAGAACGGAUUCUGUACUGGGUCCGAAUGCAAACAGGACACCGACGAGUGCGAGAGACCGGAAAUUGCACCUAGAUGCACAGAGGCUAUUUACAAGUAUAAACGGAGUGAUUCGGUAUACUCCAUGGGAGAAUUAUUACCAUUAAAGAAUAUUACCCCGUGCAAACACCACUGCCCGACGAGAAGUUCAAGUCCAUUUGCGGAUGAACUUCAUCAAGCACGAAUAAACCGAGACAAAUCUCGUUUUGGCCCUACUUCUACCACUAAAGAAGAGCCAAGCCAGACAGUGACAGUGGUAAUCCCAACGUACACGUGGGCUCACAUCCAGGACAAGGGUGAACUCCUUUGUGACAAUGAUGGAGACGGCGUGGCUGAUCGCAAGGAACUGAUUCUAGGUAUAAGGUUCUUUUGUCGCAAGUAUGACCAUUACAGUUUCCCCGGCGACGAAGUCGGUGUGUGGAAAGACGCGACAUCUCCCGCGGUAAUUGUUCGCGGAGACUGCAGCAGUGGGAAGUGCAAGUCAUUCGUUACCAUUUCGGUACAUCGAGAAAAAAAUCCCAAAAAUAAUCACAAAGACUGCCCUGAAAAUUUCGUUAUGAAUGGCCGCGGUGAUGUCGACGACCAGUGUGGCCAGAAUUUUCGGCAGAUUGUGGACAAAUGCCACACGAGAGGGGAAAACCAUAAGGGAGGAGGCUUUUUUAAGGGCAAAUGCGAAUGGUGGCAUAUCGAAAUCCGAACAAACAGUUACCAAAGAUACAAGAGAAGAGAGGAGGAAACGCGGCGGAAAAUUAACCAUAUAGCCCCGUAUCAUGACCCAGUGUGGGAUGAUUAUUUUCCAGGGGUGGUAGGAGAGCCUCCACAGGAUGAUCAACCCCAUGACUGA